UCUGGGAAAGCGACGGGAGGUAUGAGGAAUGCUCUGCGGCUAAUGAUAGCAAGGUACACGGAUAGGGAUUUAAUUCACCCCUCGGUCUUCGCUGCUCCUCCGGAAGAGGGAUGUUACUAUGAAAGCUGCUGGAGGACAUAAUUUAAUAAUUUAACGCACUCAGUCCUCGGUUUUUCGUAAUACUUUCCCGCCGAGGCGAGCAGCGACAGCGGCAGAGCCCCGUUAAUCCCGACGAGAGAGCGGAGCGGCCUUGCUUGUGUAGCCGGCUUCCCGGUGCAUCUCAAGCGGUGAGCUCUCUCACGCGAGACCGAGGCUUCCGCAGGAUUAUUUUUCUCCACACCCAGAGAAACGUCGGCGCUCUGGAAUUAUUUUUCUUUCCACUACCUUAUCUUCACCUUCUUAUAUACCUGUCCACGCUGACGGACAGUUUUUAUCGCCAGCGCGGAGGCUUUUUUGUGCCAACGGGGCCUGUUUUGUUUUCGAGCCGCCAUGAACAAUAAUAGAGCGGUGUGACGAGGCUGCCCGGGCUGCACCGCCAAACCACAGUGGAGACACGGAUGCAGCGCUGCAGGAUGAUAAUAAAUGCACCUUGCGAUAGCAGCUCUGGAGCGACGUGAGACCCACCGGGGACGAGCAUGCAUGUGGAGUAUGGGCUACCCGGGGACAGAGCUUUGCAGAGCGGACUACUUUGGCACGAAAGCCCGUGUUUGAAUUUGGGACCUGCUGCUUAUUUCACCAGUUGUAUGUAACCAAGGAAGGCUCCAUGUGUUGUUAAUGUGGGAAACAAACUGAAUCCCAUUGGCUAGAGCGACGUUUUUAUGCAUAAACGGACCCACCACCAUCGUCAUCGUCAUCAUCACCGGGGGGAGCGGUGCUUCCAGAGCCGGGAGACACUGAGGAUGUGACCGGGGAUGAGUGGGAGCCUCUGUGUGGGAUUCACCCACGGAAAAGUGACACCCUCACAGCCACCUAUGUUUGUCCAGACUCCCCUCAGAGAAGCAGUCGUUUUUAUCUCGCAUUAUUUUAUUAUUAUUGGGUUUCUGUAGUGUUUUAACGGUAUCAGUAAGUCUUUUUCACGGACCGGUCCGGCCCGGACUGGAGCUCCCUCCCGGGGCCAGGCAGCUGAGAUGAACCCGGUGAAUGCGACCGCUCUCUACGUGUCCGUGAGCCGCUCUGUGCUGCAGUGCGACCCCCGAGACCCGCGGGCUCUGGCGGAGCUCUGCAAGCUGCUGCCCUUCUUCCGCCAGUCCCUGUCCUGCCUGGUCUGCGGAAACCUGCUGCAGGAUCCCAUCGCUCCCACCGACUCGUCAUGUCAACACUACGUGUGUCGAGGCUGUAAAGGUCAGAGGAUGCAGCUGAAGCCCUCGUGCAGCUGGUGCAAGGACUAUUCCCGCUUCGAGGAGAACCGGCAGCUCUCGCUGCUCGUCCACUGUUACAGGAAGCUCUGCCUCUACAUCACACAGUCGCCGCUCGCCACGCACAUCGCCACCGCCGCUGGCGACUCCCCCGACCUCCAGGCCGUCCUCAACGAGGGCCUGACACAGGCCGAGAGCGAGCCGGAGGCGGAGGACGUCUCCGACUCGGCGGCGCCAUCGCAAACGGCAUCCACCUCUGAUGUGGUUGACGUUCCCCUGGUGACGGAGAUCAAGGGGGAGGAGCUGAGCCCGGUGAGCAUCAACGGACUGCACGACUGUAACGGCCUGGUGAGUUCGGACUCUCUGCAGCCUGUCGCCAUGGACACGGGCGGAGGCAUCAGCAAGCAGGAGAGUUUUUCGGCAGAGAUUCCCGUGUGUGUGAGUGUCACGGCGAGCGAGGAGGCGGGGCUCUGUGACAUCAGCACGUUCGGGGACGAGCUGAAACAUGGGGGAGGGCCGCUGUUGUUGAGCGUGGAGGAGGUGCUCAGGACUCUGGACACGGACCCCGACCCCUCGCCUGAGCCCGACGGCCCCCCCUCUGCACCCCAGUCCACCCUCAACGGACCUCUCUGUCCGUCCGGCCCGGACUCGUCCCGCCUCAUCCCCUCCCUCCCCCCGGAGAACAGCCCCCACCCCCUGCACUCUCACCCACAGCCCUCGCUGCAGCCCCCGCCUCAGCCCUCCCCUGCAGUCCCGUGCCUUCCGCCUCGCUGCCGCCGCAAACGCUCACGCUCGGAAAGCGACAGCGAGAAGGUGCAGCCCCUCCCCAUCUCCAGCCUCCUUCAGGUUGCUCCGCUCGGUCCAAGCAGCCCCGCCCACCACUACCACAACCCCGCUGCCACCAACGCCACCAAACAAGAGCCCCAAUUCCCUGUAGCCCCACCCCACCCUCACUUGGCCCCCGUACCCAACGGCAGUCCAGCCAAAGUGGGGAAGGCGGUCCUGGUCUCCAACAAGGCGCUGAAGAAGACUGUGGAACAUCACAGCGCUGCCAAGAAGGCGUACACCAAGGCCAGGCAGGGGGCCCCCAACAAGCCCCGCCCACAGCCCCGCGACCGCGUGCCCCCGCACCCACACGCUCACCCGCUCACGCAUCCGCCGAGUCCAUCGAAGCCGCUGUACAAGAAACCCGUGGAGAAGAAGGGCUGCAAGUGUGGCCGCGCCACGCAGAACCCGUCUGUGUUGACCUGCAGGGGGCAGCGCUGCCCCUGCUACUCCAACCGCAAGGCGUGUCUGGACUGUAUCUGCCGCGGCUGUCAGAACUCCUACAUGGCCAACGGCGAGAAGAAGCUGGAGGCGUUUGCCGUGCCAGAGAAAGCCCUGGAACAGACGCGACUCACGCUGGGAAUCAACCUCACCAGCAUCACCGCCGCCGCGCUGCGCAGCCCGGCCGCCAGCUCCCCCGGCGGCACCCUCCUCAACGUCACCACGGCGACGGGGGCGCCCGUCACGGCCGCCUUCCUGUCGGGGGCGGGGCAUGACAGCAGGGCCUUUGACGAUUCACUGGAGAUGCGGUUUGACUGCUGAGCUCCCGCCCCCUUCUUCUGGUCGGUUGUCGCGCACAUUCCCCCCCCCGCCCUCCGCCCACCAGGGUGCUGCAGGGGGCGGAGCUAGAACAAAGGCAGCUAAAGUGACAGGCAGGUGAUGAGGGUCACCAGCUGAAGCAGUGGCGGCGCCCUCCGUCCAUCGCCCGCAUCUGCACCGCAGCGCCGCAGAGAGAGAGAGAGGACGUGUAGCGUCUGUUUCUGUUCUCUUGUGUAAUAAUGUGUAGAGCAUGUUGUGUAGCUAAGUCGCAACUGUGUCUGCGUGUGUGUGUGUGUGUGUGCGUGCGUGCGUGUGUGUGUGUGUGUGAGGGGGACGUUGUUGUUUGGAGAUAAACGUUAUUCGCAGGAACAGAGACGUCAUCAUCAUCAUCAGAGAACGGUGUAAUUUAUAUAAAAAGAAAGAACUUUUCUACAUGGACUCACUUUUCAUUCACGACGAUUUUUUAUGAGUUACGCUGCAAUAACGACACAGGAACGCCAAGACUGUAACCAGAGGAUUUUCACACGGCUCCAUUUGGAUUUCGCUGUCUUUCAAAAAGUGGAGCAAUUUUCCACCUAACAAAAGAAUCACUUCAAAAAAUCCACGUUAGUUUAAGUCUACGACGUCUUUAAGAGCACGUUCACGUCUUUAUCUCACAGAUUUUUCCAACAGGAAACUGAAGUUUGUAAACCACUCACUCAGAGAAAAUCAGUGAUUUUAGCUUGCGGGGACACAUGAGCUGCUGGUCUACUGCUGCCUCGUGUGGUCACUUUGUGUCACUGAGGUUAAUCUUGACAAAUAAGACAUUUGAACUUAGUGAUGGAGGCAGCAGUGGAUCAACAAUUCCUGUGUGCUGUGAUGGUAAAUUGUUGAUUUUCUCUAUGGAGUGUGGGAGAGAUAUUUCAGUUUCUAAGAAUUAAGACUUUUUCCCCCUGAAUUCUGGCUUAUUGUUAUUUUGUUUCCAUAAAUGUACACACAUGACCCUCUUCCUUCAAACAUCUCAAACUUUGUUAACCACUGGUGGAAAAGUCGGGCGUGGGAGAUUGAGCGUUUUACAAAGUGACGCAGACUUAAUUUUCCAGUUCCAGCAAAAUUAAGUCUCUAAUCUUAAAUUGUCUUAGAUUUAAGCAGGUGUGGAUUUAAAGUGAGUCAAAAAACCUGAAGUCUCCCCUUAAACUGCAAGAACCAGGAUGUCAAGUCUGUUAGAUUUCAUCAUUGCUAACGUUUAGGGGAGAAAAAAACCAUAUUUAUUUGUUUAAAAAAUAUAUAUAUUUUUUAAAUUGAAAUAGAAUUUUCUGAACCGUAUUGUGAAAAUCUCUGCUUAUGUCCUCGUUUCCUGUCCUUGCAGGAAGUGUUUGGUUUGUGGAAGCUGCUAAAAAAACAAAAACACCCCCACAGUUUCCUUCAGUUGUCGUCCUCUCUUAAAGGAACAUUCACAGUAUUUAUCGGACCUUCCCGACACGUGGGAGCUUCAGUUAGUCCUCGUCCCACCUGUUGAUCCACUCUGGACCGUUUGUGUCUCGUGUCUCCAGACGCUCGUCGUUCUCGUCGGGGCAUUUGAAAAACCUGUAAUAUAACUGUAACAUAUUUCCACAAAAAAGAAAGAAAAACCAAAACUUA